AUGGGCGCCCCAUCUGCAGCCGCGCCGGGCGAGAAAUCACAAGAGACCAAUUCGGGGCAAGAUGGCGAGGUACUCAACAACCUGGAGCGCAUUACAACCGUCGCAUCCUAUGAGCCACCCGACAUGAGCCCGUUGCGUCGCCGCGCCGUCAUGUGUGCCCUCUGUCUGACCCUCCUCCUGAGCGCACUGGACAUCACAAUCAUCGCCACGGCCCUGCCAACAAUUGCUUCGACGCUCCAAGCCACGGCCUCGCAGUACGCAUGGGUUGGCAGCGCGUACACUUUGUCAAGCACGGCCUCCACGCCGGUUUGGGCAAAGAUGUCGGACAUCUUUGGCCGGAAACCGACCAUCAUGACCGCGGCGGCGACGUUCAUGGUGGGAAGUCUGAUCGCGGCCCUGGCUGGCAAUAUUCAAGUCCUCAUCGCUGGGAGGACUGUACAGGGACUGGGAGGAGGUGGCUCGUUGGUCCUGAUUACGAUUGUGAUUGGCGACAUUUUCAAGUUGGAGGAUCGGGCCAAGUACUACGGCAUGACUGGCAUUGUGUACGGAAUUGCCAGCGCUGUUGGUCCCGUCCUAGGUGGCGUGUUUACGCAGACAAUUGGAUGGCGAUGGUGUUUUUUCAUCAACUUACCUUUCGACGGCGUUGCCCUUCUGGUUUUAUUCUUCGCCCUCAAAGUUGAAACACCAAAAGAGCCUUUCAUCGCCGGCCUUCGAGACCUUGACUGGAUCGGGUUUCUGCUCAUCAUUGGCGGCACAAUCUGCUUCCUCUAUGGCCUGGAGACAGGUGCUGGGGGCAUAGUGCCUUGGAACUCGGCUCUGGUCAUCUGUCUAAUCCUCUUCGGGGUCCUCGUCCUCGCACUUUUCGUUGUAUGGGAAGCCCGUUUCGCCACGAACCCCGUCAUCCCCUUUCGAAUCUUUGACAAGAUCACCAACAUCGCCUCUUUUAUUCUUGCUUGCAUCCACAGCUUUGUGUUCAUCUCCUACGAUUACUUUUUGCCGCUGUACUUCCAGGUAGUCCUCGGUUUCAAACCCAUCAUUGCUGGCAUUACGCUUUUCCCUCUGCUAAUUCCGCUCACGAUGAUGACGAUGCUUGGAGGACUGUUCAUCCGGAAGACUGGCAACUAUCUCCUCCCAAUCUUCUUCGGGUCGGCACUCAUGACUCUCGGAAACGGUCUGUUCAUCAGCUUCGGGAUCAGCACUCAAUGGGCCAAGAUCGUCGUCUUCCAGAUGAUCACUGGCUUCGGAGCUGGCGUGCUCUUUCAAAGUCCAAUGAUCUCUAUCCAGACUCACACCAAACAGGGGGAUAUGGCGGCCGCCAUGUCUGCAUUCAGCUUCCUAAGGUCCCUCUUCUCCUCCAUGUCAAUCGUCAUCGGUACCGUAUUGUUGCAGCAUAAUCUCGGUGGCGGAGAACUGACAGCAGGGAAGCUUGGUUCUGAAGACGAGAAUGAUGCGACACAUGAGGCGAGCAAGACAGACUAUAUGUCUGCCUUGCGUGUAAUGUGGGCCUUCUUUACUGGUGUUUCUGGGUGUAUGCUUCUAGCAGCAUUCUUCAUCAAGCCAAAGCCUUUAAAGACCUCUUUGAGUGAUGGAGGCAGAUAG